GUGAAAUGGAGGAGAUAAGAAAAAUGGAGAAAAGGGAAGAAAUAACCCCAUUAUUUAGUGAAAAAACAAAAUCGGCUCAAAAGGCUGCUAUGGAAAAUCGAUGGGAAGAGUUCAAGGAAAAAAUGAAAGAUGACCAGGAAAACUUGUUGAAAUGGUUUGACCUAUUUGGGAACAACGCCAUCCACGUUGCAACUCGCUCCAACAACCCACAACUCCUCAAAGAACUAAUACAACUGGUGCCUAUAGAAGAAAGGUGGGAAGCCAUGUGCAUGGAGAAUCGUGAAGGAAACACUGUUUUGCACGAGGUUGUGUUUUGUGAGAAGGUGCAAAUGGCUAAUGUUGUGUUUGAGAUUGAAGAGGAGUUGGAGUUGCAAUUGCCAUCACAAUCUGCGGAUGAGGAAAAAGGGUCAUUGUUAGAGGCUAGAAACCACCGAGGUGAAACUCCUUUGUUCGUGGCUGCAAUGCAUGGAAGGGUAACCAUGCUCAUGCAUUUGGCCAACCGUGUAGCCACGCGUAACAUGGGAGAUGUUCGAAAACAUUUUCGUAGAUCAGACAAAUGUUCUGCUCUUCAUGCCACCGUCAUUGGCCAACAUUUUGAUGUUGCAAUUUGGCUUGUAAGAAUGGAUAAAGAACUUGCAAUGCAAAAGGAUGAGAGAGAUUUAACAUGUCUUCAACUACUUUCCAAAAUGCCACAAGUUUUCCAAAGUCACACUCGCAUGGGAUUACUGAAGAAGAGGCUGCCAGAUAAGAAAACAUAUGUUGUCUGGCAAAUUGUUGUAAGAUUGCAGGAGAAAUAG